AGAGGUAGUAUGACCAGAUGUCCCACUUCAGAUGGAGUGUUUGGACGAUGCCAGCGGGUGCCUGUGAUAGACGUCUACCGAUAUGAAGUUUCACCCUCCUUCCUUCAGCAUCUAAGGACCAUCUUGCAGAAGCUCUCUCGCAGAGGUUUUAGCUGGCAGGAUGAUUACACUCAGCAUAUUAUUGCCCAGGAACUCUCAAGUGUCCAGAAAAUCCACAACUGGCGCUCAGAAGCUUUCUCAUUGGAUGGGUCCGGCACAGCCAGGACUUCAAAGCCAAAGGUCGACAAUGAAAAGACGCACGACCUGGAAAAGGACAUGAACUUAGCCAAGACACUCCAACAGUAUCUCAUGUAUCUGGGGCUCUUCCCCCAGACUGCAGCUCCGAGUUGGUACCCCGGGAUGAAGAGCGACAAGUCACUUAUUAAGAGCGAUGGCUUACCUGAGUGGGUGUGGAACUACAUGCUGCAAAAGGCCAAAGGCAGUGGCCCUUCACUGACAUAUCCGCCGCUAACCCAUCCAGAUUAUCCUGAGAAUUUUCCUCUGAGGACCUUCCAGCAACGCCAGCCGGACAAGUUCCCCCCACAAGCAGAGGCCGAUCUCAACAGACAGGCUCUAAUCGCCACCCUCAGCGCCUACACUGCUCAGAAGGUGGCCGCAUCAAACCUUGACAAGAGCUCAAGCGGCAGGACCAAGGGCCUUCCCCUUUAUGGCACCCGAUUCCCUGGGGCUCCGGCCGGCCAGUACAACGAGGUCUACGCCAAAGAAGGGGAAGAUGGGUUGAUCUCAAAACCCUGGUUCCUUCCACGAAUGGGAGCACGCCUACUGGGACCAAAUUCGGGAAUGUCAAAUCAGAAGUUUGCUUCUCCUGCACUCGAUCCCAAAGAGCCUCUGAGCACAGUGGAUGAAGCCUUCAUUCAGACUGUGCUGAAGGACCUGAGGAAGCACCAAGUGAACGUGGACAAUCUGAGUCCUCAGGAGCUUGACGAGAUGGCAGAUGUCAUUGCUGACAUCAUUCAAGGUGUGGACAGAGACGAACAGGGAAGCGUUGGAAGAAAGGCUGGAGGAGAGCGAGGGGACCAAGAGAAGAAGAGACUAGAUGCGCCAGAGUGGGAAGAUUACAAGACAGAAUUAAUGAGGGAAGAUGAUUUACCAGAUAAUGGUGUGCAGGAAGGCGGUGAUCGAGUUUAUGAGGAGGUGAAAGGUUUGGGUGCCACACUCGUGGACCUGUUGAAUGAACACGAAUCCCAACACCUGUCAAAGGAGCCUCCGCCUGAAAAACCCUUGAAAACUGAGGCUAAGAAGUCCGAAGAUUCAGAGGCCUCCUUUUCUUCCUCAGAGGAAGAGAAGACCGGGGUUGAAAAUGUCAAGAGCGAGACUUUUUCCAAAGAACUGACAGCUGAGAAGAAAAUGAGUUCUGAGCCCGAGUCCGAUGAGUUUUUGGAGUUCCAGCAUUGGGUGCAGGGGACUUUGAAGCAGGAUGAAAGACACCGUGAAGGACCUCAGAAAAACCUAGGGGAAGGCCUACAGUUAGAAGUGAAGUCUUCUGAUGAUGAGGAAUAUGGCUACAUUGUCACCGACAAAGACCCUCUGAGUGUGGAGAAGGGGAAGAAGUUGCUAGAGAAUGUGGCACCUCUCCUGAAGCUGCAGACAAGCAUCUUUGCAGAUAUCAAUGUGCUGGGACCAGCUGUGACCUUCAAAGUGAGUUCCAAUGACCAAAACAUCACAACUGCAGAUGUUGCAAAAGCUGCAGUGGACAACAAAGACAAGCUGGAAAAACUCUCUGGACUGAAAAUCCUGCAGACUGGAAUCGGGGCGAAAAGCAAACUGAAGCUUCUGCCUCAUCAUGUAGAGGAAGAGGAAUCCACCAAAUUCAUUAUCCUCACGCUGAUCUCCAUUGCCUGCAUCAUCGGAGUCCUGGUAGCUUCAGGAGUCAUCUACUGCCUCCGCCACAGUUCCCACCACAAACUGAAGGAGAAACUGUCGGCUCUAGGUACUGAUCCAAACUCCGAUGCUACUGCUGCUUACCAGGAGCUGUGCCGUCAGCGCAUGGCUGUCAAGUCAUCCGAUCGCCAGGAGCCCCUGCACACUUCUCGCAUCAAUAGCGUCUCGUCCCAGUUCAGCGAUGGGCCCGUACCGAGCCCCUCUGCCCGGAGCAGUACCUCUUCAUGGUCUGAAGAGCCGGCGCAGUCUAACAUGGACAUCUCCACCGGUCACAUGAUCUUGUCUUAUAUGGAAGAUCACUUGAAGAAUAAGAACCGCCUGGAGAAGGAGUGGGAGGCGUUGUGUGCCUACCAAGCCGAACCCAAUGCAGCCGUGGUGGCCCAGAAGGAAGAGAAUGCCCAGAAGAAUCGCUCUCCAAGUGUAGUAACAUAUGAUCAUUCUAGGAUCCUUUUGAAAUCUGAAAAUAGCCACGACCAUUCCGACUACAUCAAUGCAAGCCCCAUUAUGGAUCACGAUCCCAGGAACCCCGCUUAUAUUGCUACUCAAGGACCACUUCCUGCUACGGUGGCUGAUUUCUGGCAGAUGGUCUGGGAGAACGGCUGUGUCGUCAUUGUCAUGCUGACUCCCCUCACCGAAAAUGGAGUCAAGCAGUGCUACCACUACUGGCCAGAUGAAGGGUCAAACCUUUACCACAUCUAUGAGGUAAAUCUGGUCUCUGAGCACAUCUGGUGUGAAGAUUUCCUGGUGAGAAGCUUUUAUUUGAAAAAUCUUCAGACCAAUGAGACACGUACCGUGACCCAGUUCCAUUUCCUCAGUUGGUACGAUCAAGGAGUUCCUUCUUCUACGAGGUCACUUCUGGACUUCCGCAGAAAAGUAAACAAGUGCUACAGGGGCCGUUCUUGUCCAAUAAUUGUUCAUUGCAGUGAUGGCGCUGGAAGAAGCGGCACCUACGUGCUGAUUGACAUGGUUCUCAAUAAGAUGGCCAAAGGUGCCAAAGAGAUUGAUAUUGCCGCUACCCUGGAGCACCUGAGGGACCAGCGACCAGGCAUGGUCCAGACUAAGGAGCAGUUUGAGUUUGCAUUGACAGCGGUGGCAGAGGAAGUAAAUGCAAUUCUCAAGGCCCUUCCCCAGUAAGAGUCCCUGAGGCUUUCUGAGGAUUCGUCGCUCAUCUUCUCAUCCUCGGUCCCUGUGAAUGUUGUUGGAAACCAUGACCCGACCUUAACUGUGUGUCUUCUAUUUAAUCGCAUAGUACUAAGGUCUUUAAAAGUCUUAAUAGCCAGUACAGUCCGGCAGUUAAAAUGUGUAUUUUUGUUUAACAAAAUUUAAAAAACGGAAAUAUAUGGAAACAUCCAAUUAAGAGAGAGAACAGUUCACCUAAUUUUGUCUUCUUGGAGAAAUUGCUUUACACUUCCUGAAAGCACACAUUACAUUCUUAAUUACAAAUGAUGCCACAUUGGUGAUGCAGUAAUUGGUGCAUUCAGUACAUGUUCUAGGAGAAGAGGGUUCUGGUUCAGUCUGUAAUUUUCCAAAGAAUAGAGGGAAGGAGGUGCCCAGGCAAAGCUGAACAGGUUUGUCCUUGGCAUUUUAUUGUUUUACAGACAAGAGUAGCAAAGUCUCCAGUCUCAGCCUGAGCUUGGGCAGCGGAAAAUGAAGUUUUCCUGUCGAUCGAGCAAGUUGAUUUUUUUAUGCCAGCAACUACAAGGGAAUAUAAAUGGCCCUGUUGAAUCAGGCAAUUGGUUGGUUCUCUGACUUCAACAAGACAGUUGUUGUUGGAAGCAGAAAACAACCUGCAGAUGUUUCUAUGGCCAGCUACCGUGGGCAUCACAGAGACUGACCAGGAGUCGUUAGGUGACAUAGUGGGAGGGCAUCAUCUAUAGUUAUAGGCCAUUUCACCAUAUCUGCUGUACCUGUUAAUUAGGCAAAGGUCCUUCUUAAGCUACAGUUUCGGGCUUGAUCAGAUCCGUUUCUUCACACACUGCAGUCUGUUUUGGGGCAGGAGCUCAGUCAAUUCGCAGCUGUUUGAUUUUCAGAAUUUGGAAGGACAAAUCAGUGCCGUCAACGAGAAAUAUUUCUGUAGAGCACACCAACUCUAGUCGUGCACCUGUAGGAAGUACUAUGGUUCCUACAAGAGGGUUGUCCAGACCCUUGCUGGCAGCUGCCUCAGGAAUGUACAAUAGGAAUCGUUACCCAUUUUAUAAAAUGGAAGAAGGAGGGGAGGAAAUCGCCUGAAUGUAAUAUCUUUGCCUUCUUAUUUUGAGGAGGUUUUCCUUAUUCCUCACAGUAUCUUCAUACUCGGUUUAACCCUCAAAGACCCCGAUUUCUUCUUGCCUUUGUGGCACUCAUGGCUACCACGCCCAACCAGCCGUGCACAUUUUCUGUCUGUUUCCAGGCUUCACUUGCAGUUUGAACGAAAUGAAGGCUUUUCCCAACCUGUUGAUCACUUUCAUUUUUCCCUCCACACCACAUGACUGUAACUAGCUAUGACUGUUUCUGGAAAACCAGUCCAGUCAGUAGAUGCUAUUUACGUUCUGGGAACUACUAGAGGGACAAGAGAUGCCAAAAUAUUAGUGUCUGUCUGUUAAUGAUGUAGUAAUGUGAUUCUGCUUUAACCCAUCUACCAUUUUCCAGAAUGUAUUUCUCUUAAAUGGAAUAAAAAUCACUUCUAGGACAUGACUAUCUGAACUAAGAGAACCAUCCAGUUGUAAUCAAUAGCUUCAUAGGUUUCAAAAUCAAAUGUGGACUAGUCAUUUAAUUGUGUCAAGAUUAAACUUUUGAAUUCAGACUUGCAUGGUCUUCAUUUGGGGGACUUCUUGCUUACUGUUUAAAGUUGCUAUUUGAUGUACUGCGAAGGAUGGGUUUCGAAAGCCUGAGGGUCUGUGCAAUUACCUUUUAUUUAUGAGAUUAAAGAAUUGGAUGAAAUUUA